AUGGGCCCCUGGAGCCUAUGGGACUCUGGGGUCUACGGGUCCCUGGAGCCUAUGGGACUCUGGGGUCUACGAGCCUAUGGAGCCUAUGGGUCUCUGGGGUCUACGGGCCCCUGGAGCCUAUGGGACUCUGGGGUCUACGGGCCCCUGGAGCCUAUGGGACUCUGGGGUCUACGGGACCUGGGGUCUACGGGCCCCUGGAGCCUAUGGGACUCUGGGGUCUACGGGCCCCUGGAGCCUAUGGGACUCUGGGUCUACUCUGGGGUCUACGGGCCCCUGGAGCCUAUGGGACUCUGGGGUCUACGGGCCCCUGGAGCCUAUGGGACUCUGGGGUCUACGGGCCCCUGGAGCCUAUGGGACUCUGGGGUCUACGGGCCCCUGGAGCCUAUGGGACUCUGGGGUCUACGGGCCCCUGGAGCCUAUGGGACUCUGGGGUCUACGGGCCCCUGGAGCCUAUGGGACUCUGGGGUCUACGGGCCCCUGGAGCCUAUGGGACUCUGGGGUCUACGGGCCCCUGGAGCCUAUGGGACUCUGGGGUCUACGGGCCCAUGGAGCCUAUGGGACUCUGGGGUCUACGGGCCCCUGGAGCCUAUGGGACUCUGGGGUCUACGGGCCCCUGGAGCCUAUGGGACUCUGGACGGGCCUCUGGAGCCUAUGGGACUCUGGGGUCUACGGGCCCCUGGAGCCUAUGGGACUCUGGGGUCUACGGGCCCCUGGAGCCUAUGGGGCUCUGGAGCCUAUGGGACUCUGGGGUCUACGGGCCCCUGGAGCCUAUGGGACUCUGGGGUCUACGGGCCCCUGGAGCCUAUGGGACUCUGGGGUCUACGGGCCCCUGGAGCCUAUGGGACUCUGGGGUCUACGGGCCCCUGGAGCCUACGGGACUCUGGGGUCUACGGGCCUAUGGGACUCCUGGGGUCUACGGGCCCCUGGAGCCUAUGGGACUCUGGGGUCUACGGGCCCCUGGAGCCUAUGGGACUCUGGGGUCUACGGGCCCCUGGAGCCUAUGGGACUCUGGGGUCUACGGGUCCCUGGAGCCUAUGGGACUCUGGGGUCUACGGGCCCCUGGAGCCUACGGGCCCCUGGAGCCUAUGGGACUCUGGGGUCUACGGAGCCUACGGGCCCCUGGACGGGUCCUGGAGCCUAUGGGCCCCUGGGGUCUACGGGCCCCUGGAACCUACGGGCCCCUGGAGCCUAUGGGACUCUGGGGUCUACGGGCCCUAG